AUGGCAUCGUUAAAGGUCGCAGUGAUUACGGGGGCAUCCUCUGGUAUCGGACGUCAUUCAGCUAUCAAGCUCUCCUCUGAGGGUUGGAGCUUGGCACUGACUGCUCGAAGGCUGACUGAACUCGAAGAGACAAGAUCCCUCUGUGCAAAUGCCGAUGCAUGUAUCCUCGUUGCUGGCGACAUCGCAAACGAAGCCUUCGUGAAAAGCUUGUUCGAGGAGACCAUGAAGAAAUUCGGUAGACUGGACCUGUUGUUCAACAAUGCGGGCAUGUCUGACAAGGCGAGCCCCAUCGAGGAGAUGCCGCUUGAGGUGUUCACAUCGGUCGUCAAUGUCAACCUCAUUGGCUCGUUCCUUUGCACUCGCGAAGCUUUCAAGAUUUACAAGCAACAAGAACCCACUGGAGGAAGAAUCAUCAACAAUGGCUCAUUGGCUGCCCAUGUACCAAGGCCUCAUUCAGUUGCAUACGCAACCUCCAAACACGCCGUUCACGGUCUAACUAAGAGCAUCGCUAUCGAGGGGCGAAAGUACAAUAUCUCUGUGACGCAGAUUGACAUUGGAAAUGCGCACACGUCUAUGGCUGCAGGGCACACCUUAGGAGCGUUGCAACCUGAUGGUCGGAGAGUCGUUGAACCGACUUUCGAUCCGAUACAUGUUGCAGAUGCGGUUGCGCACAUUGCGAGUCUCCCUACGUCUGUCACGGUACUGGAGAUGAAUAUCAUGGCGACUGGUGCUCCAUAUGUCGGAAGAGGAUGA